AUGGACAAACAACGAAAAUCACAAUGGAUAUGUCAAACAUGUAAAAAUAGUGUACCCAAAUCUGACAACCAAAAUACACCACUACGGGGAUCAUAUUGUACACCUGAAGAACUUAAUCCUCCGUCAAGUGAAAACUUGCCUGUUUUUAACCAAAUAUCGCCCGAACACAACAAUAUCACUAUAAGGAAGCGAAUAGAAAACACCAAAAACGACACAGCAAACUCAGAUGACCUAAGCCUGCUAGGAGACACACUAAAUACAGAUGACAGAGACACCACCUUGUUGAAGAACCUGAACGAAACAAUAGUAUUACACCUGAAAGAAAAUAACCAAUUAAGAUUUGAAGAAUUGAAAAGAUUUGUUUCGGAAUUNAACCUGAACGAAACAAUAGUAUUACACCUGAAAGAAAAUAACCAAUUGAUAGUUGCAGAGCUGAAAAAUACUAUACAAUCUGAAAUUCAAAAAGCAAUUUCGAAAUUAAGAGAAGAAGUUAACGACAAAACGAAUACACUGUCAGAACAAAAUUUGAAAACAAAUGAAGACAUAAAGUUAAUAAGCACUAAGAUAAAAAAACUACAAAUGGAAAAUGAAAAAUUGAAACAGGAAAUAGAAAAUUUAUCAACCAAGGGAAUGUUACCUGCGAGCAGAACGGAAUGCUGUGAUACAAACACUAAGAAAAUUGUACUUUACGGCUUCGUCGAAUAUUACAAAGAGCCUGAACACGACCUGCACAACAGACUCAUUGAAUUAUUCCAAGAAACCAUGAAUGUAAACCUAAUGGGAUAUAUAGAAAAUAUGUACAGAAUAGGAAGAACCGGUAAAAAUAACCGCCCACUUGUAAUUGAGCUACUGAGCAAGCGGAUGGCGAAAUACGUGACUAAUAACAGUCAUUGCUUCAAAGGAACCCGACUCUCAAUAUCUACAUUUUUGGACGAGACCGCAAGAAAGGAAAGAUACUUACUACGGGAAGAGAUGAUUAAGGCAAGAAAAAAGGGUAUGCAUGCAAUAAUCCGCAAUAACCAACUAUUUGUAGACGGGAAAAAGAUGGAAAUAAAGCAAGACACGAGCCCUAAACAAGAUAACUACAACAUUAUAAAUGAACCAAGAGACUACCAGAUAAAGAGCAAAAAUGGUAUAGAAACACACCCACCAGGACAGUCUAGCAAGAACAUUCAGAAUAAUUUAUUUCGAAACCACAGAUCUACAAUUUAAAACGCUAUUUCAAAACAUACAGAGUCUCUAUAACAAGAAACAUAUACUAGAAGCCUUUAUAGACCAAAAACCAAUAUACAAUGCAAUAUGCAUAACUGAGUCCUGGCUAACACCUGAAAAGCUGGAAAAUAUGCAUGUUACCGGUUAUAAAAUAGCAUCCUCAUUCUCCAGAACCAAACGAACUGGUGGUGGGGUGUGUAUCCUACUGCAAGAAAAUAUUGAAUAUAAAGAAAUAAUUGCUCUCACUAAUAUGUCUAUUGAGUAUGUUUUAGAAGUGUGUGCAUGUGAAUUAUUAAACGAAAAUUUACUACUAGUAACUAUGUAUUGGAAUAGAAGAGAGGAAGAUGUCUUUCUUAACCAACUAAAACUAAUUCUAAAAUAUA